AUGAGUGACGAUAACGAAGGAAAAUUACAACAAUUUAUGGAGAUCACUGGUGUGGAUGAUCGGGAUCUUGCGGACGCGAUCCUCGCUUCAAUGAAUUACGAGGUGGAAAGAGCCGUCGAACAGCAUUUCUCCGGAGGCCCUUCAAAUGGCGCUGAGGAGGACGAUAUUGCCAUCAUCGAGCAGCCACAUGCAGCACGAGCUACUCCUUCUCCCGACAUUGAGGCAAUCGUUCCUGAGUUGCUUCCACGGGCACGACAAACUUAUCAUACAGCUGCACAUAUUGUUGAGCAACCUUCGUCGUCUUCAAUUGCAGAUCGCACACGUGGACGACGUGCUAAUGGACGAGAAGCCGCUCGACAGCAGAGUCGACAGAAUAGGCGUCGUGAUUUGGUUCACGAGGAUGAUGAUAGUGAUAUGGAUACAAGUGCCUAUGCUUAUCAACCAGAUGACGAAGACAUGCUUGCGGAAUCUCAACAGAAUGAAUAUACGGUUCCGCUUAUUCCCAAGGAUUAUGGCGACAUUUACGAAGCUAUCAACAAUUUCAUCACAAUUUUUGAUGUCAGAUAUCGAAAUGGUGGUAUCUCUUCAAAGCCUCCACUCAACUUUUAUCACGGUACACUUCAAGAAGCAGUUCAACAGGCUUUUGACCCGGUUGGUAAAGGUGUGGAAGAACGACGACCGUUGGCUUUGUAUUUGCAUCAUGAUCGCGGAAUUGCAUCCAACAUUUUUCCACCAAAGAUUCUUUGCUCUGAGUCGGUUUCUAACUUGUUACGCGGUCAAUUUGUUUUGUGGCCUUGGGAUGUCACGGAGCGAGAACAUCAAACACAGUUACGAGACUGGAUGUCAUUGGCUGGGAUGGACGAAGUUUUUGGACAAACCGUUGAGCUCCGUGCUCGCAACAAGGAUCUCUUCCCAAUGCUUUUACUCAUUAUCAAGGAUAAAGGAAAGCUUCGGAUUGGUGAAUCUGUCUUUGGCACCGAUUCGCAUGAACUAGCCGUUCAGAAGUUAAUGUCUAUUGUUGAUGUCUACAAUCAGAUUCGCUUGGCCAAUAUGGCUGAUGAUGCGGCAAGAAAAGAACGCGAUCGCCUACGAGAAGAGCAACAUCAAGAAUAUGAAGCUUCACUGGCUGCUGAUCGCGCUCGUCAAGAAGCAAGGGAUCGUGAAAUUCGUGAACAACAAGAGGCUGAGGAACGUCGCGUAUUUGCUGAAGCAGAGGAGGCGAUGCGACGGAAAAACGUGGAAAAGUCGAUUCCAGUUGAGCCUGAAGAGAAAGAGCCUAAUUUGGUUCAUGUGAAAUUUCGACUUCCUAACGGAGAAAUGUUGCUGCGUCGUUUUCGCCGUACAGAAAAGUUGUCUCUACUGCUUGCUUUUUUGGAUGUUAAAGGAUUCAACCCGGAGAAGUUCAAAUUCUUCAACUCGGAUUUCCCAAAGAAAGAUGUAUCAACAAUGGACAAAAAUGGCACAUUUGAGACGUUGAAAUGGCCGGGGCGCGAGCAGAUCUUUGUCGAAGAGAUU